AGGAGCUGUGACUGAUGAGAAUCAGAGGCCAUGGAUGAAGAUGAACUUGAAUUACAGCCGCAGGAGCCAAACUCAUGUUUUGAUGGAAUAGGAACUGAUGCUACACACAUGGAUGGUGAUCAAAUUGUUGUGGAAGUACAAGAAACUGUUUUUGUUUCAGAUGUUGUGGAUUCAGAUAUAACUGUGCAUAAUUUUGUUCCUGAUGAUCCAGACUCAGUUGUAAUCCAAGAUGUUAUUGAGAAUGUUGUUAUUGAGGAUGUUCAGUGCUCAGAUAUCUUAGAAGAAGCAGAUGUGUCUGAAAAUGUCAUCAUUCCUGAGCAAAUGCUUUCCUCAGAUGUAACAGAAGAAGUGUCUUUAGCACAUUGCACAGUCCCAGAUGACGUCUUAGCUUCUGAUAUUACUUCAGCCUCAAUGUCUAUGCCAGAACAUGUCUUGACCAGUGAGUCUGUACAUGUGUCUGAUGUUGGACAUGUUGAACACAUUGUUCAUGGUAGUGUAGUAGAGGCAGAAAUUGUCACUGAUCCUCUGACAGACGACGUAGUGUCAGAAGAAGUAUUGGUAGCAGAUUGUGCCUCAGAAGCAGUCAUAGAUGCCAACGGGAUCCCUGUGGACCAGCAGGAUGAUGACAAAGGCAACUGUGAGGACUACCUUAUGAUUUCCUUGGAUGAUGAUGGCAAAAUUGAACAGGACUGUUCUGCUGGUAUGACCAUAGACAGAGAGUCGGAAAUUGAUCCUUGUAAGGUGGAUGGCACUUGCCCUGAAGUCAUCAAGGUGUAUAUUUUUAAAGCUGACCCUGGAGAGGAUGACUUAGGUGGGACUGUUGACAUUGUGGAGAGUGAGCCUGAGAAUGAUCAUGGAGUUGAACUCCUUGAUCAGAGUAACAGUAUUCGUAUGCCAAGGGAAAAGAUGGUUUAUAUGACUGUCAGUGACUCUCAACAAGAAGAUGAAGAUUUAAAUGUUGCUGAAAUUGCAGAUGAAGUUUAUAUGGAAGUGAUUGUAGGAGAGGAAGAUGCUGCUGUUGCUGCAGCAGCUGCUACCACUGUUCAUGAACAGGAAAUGGAUGACAGUGAAAUCAAAACCUUCAUGCCAAUAGCAUGGGCAGCAGCUUAUGGUAAUAAUUCUGAUGGAAUUGAAAAUCGGAAUGGCACUGCAAGUGCUCUCUUGCACAUAGAUGAGUCUGCUGGACUUGGCAGACUGGCUAAACAAAAGCCAAAGAAAAGGAGAAGACCUGAUUCCAGGCAGUACCAAACAGCAAUAAUUAUUGGUCCUGAUGGACAUCCCUUGACUGUCUAUCCUUGUAUGAUUUGUGGGAAAAAAUUUAAGUCGAGAGGUUUUUUGAAAAGGCACAUGAAAAACCAUCCUGAACACCUUACCAAAAAGAAGUACCGCUGUACUGAUUGUGAUUACACUACCAAUAAGAAGAUAAGUUUACACAAUCACCUGGAGAGCCACAAGCUUACCAGCAAGGCAGAGAAGGCCAUCGAAUGUGAUGAAUGUGGGAAGCAUUUCUCCCAUGCUGGGGCUUUGUUCACUCACAAAAUGGUGCAUAAGGAAAAAGGAGCCAGCAAAAUGCAUAAAUGUAAAUUCUGUGAGUAUGAGACAGCUGAACAAGGGUUAUUAAAUCGCCACCUUUUGGCAGUCCACAGCAAGAACUUUCCUCAUAUAUGUGUAGAGUGUGGUAAAGGUUUUCGUCACCCAUCAGAGCUUAGAAAGCACAUGCGAAUCCAUACUGGAGAGAAACCGUACCAAUGCCAGUACUGCGAAUAUAGGUCUGCAGACUCUUCUAAUUUGAAAACGCAUGUGAAAACUAAGCAUAGUAAAGAAAUGUCUUUCAAGUGUGACAUUUGUCUUCUGACUUUCUCAGAUACCAAAGAGGUUCAGCAACAUGCUCUUAUCCACCAAGAAAGCAAAACACACCAGUGCUUGCAUUGUGACCACAAGAGUUCAAACUCUAGCGAUUUGAAACGUCACAUAAUUUCAGUUCACACAAAGGACUACCCUCAUAAGUGUGACAUGUGUGAUAAAGGCUUUCACAGGCCAUCAGAACUCAAGAAGCAUGUGGCUGCCCACAAGGGUAAAAAAAUGCACCAGUGUAGACAUUGUGACUUUAAGAUUGCAGAUCCGUUUGUUCUAAGUCGCCAUAUUCUCUCAAUUCACACGAAAGAUCUUCCAUUUAGGUGUAAGAGAUGUAAAAAGGGAUUUAGGCAACAGAAUGAGCUUAAAAAGCAUAUGAAGACACACAGUGGCAGAAAAGUAUAUCAGUGUGAGUACUGUGAAUAUAGCACUACAGAUGCCUCAGGCUUUAAACGGCAUGUUAUUUCCAUUCAUACGAAAGACUAUCCUCAUCGUUGUGAGUACUGCAAGAAAGGGUUCCGAAGACCUUCAGAAAAGAACCAGCACAUAACGCGACAUCAUAAAGAAGUUGGCCUGCCCUAACAGCAAUACUUCUACAGUCUUUGUAGAGACAUUGGCCUUGAAAGCAGAAAUUUCAUGUUAAAGCUAGUCAGUCUUGUUCACAUACAGUACUGUAUAUUGAUUUAUACUGUGUACAGAUAGGAUUAUUUCUUCUUAACUUUUCAUUUUACUGUGUAGAGUGCCCUACAUCAGUACAUUCUACUGGUGUAGAGUGUUCUGCAUCCUCUUCAGUUUAAAUGAGGAAGAGUAGCAACCAAAAUUUUGUUUUUAAUAAUCUCUUGAGUCUAUAUUGAAUUUUUCAGUCCUAAAAGUUUUACUCUUUUUUAUUCACCUGUAUGGUACUCUUCUAAGACCAUGUAAAGAUUUAAAAAAAACAUAGUAUUGGUGACUCUAAAAGUAGUCAUUCUCUCAUUUUCCCCAUACAAAUUUUAGCAUUAAACAGAAACAUCUGCUAAUUUCAAUGAGAGAUUUUACUGUCAGGUCUAAAUUACAGCACGAAAGUCAUUUCCUUGUCUGGCUUAACAUUUUCAGGCCACAUGACCAUGAAACUUCCCAGUUGAAACUCUACAUUUGCUGAAUAUAGAAUAUUGGCUAGGAUUGUGUUUAAUUUUUAACCUGUUUAACAGAAAAAGUGUGCUACGUUUUACCCUCUUUGUAGUGUUGUGGGUUUUUUUUUUGCCAGCAUGGCAUGCUUUUAGAAAGUCAUAUUGAAAGGUUUUGUUUUUCCUGUUUUUUUAUUCUUUUGUCUAUACUCCUUUGUUUUGGAAUAGUUGUGUUCUGCAGAUGAUACUUUGAACUAAGUUGAAAUUUUUUUAGAGAUGUAUGUGUCUCAUAGAUUGCACAACUACAUGUGUAAGGUACCCCCAAAUUUUAUGUGUACCUUUUUGUUGCUUGCUUUAUGUAUGUCCGCACCCAAUCCCAAAUUUUAAGUCUAUAAUGGGGAGAAUUAAAGGUACUAUAACCUGGAAGAUUCAGGGUAUAUCAAAGAGUGUUUUCCCUAGCUUGUAAUUCAGAGGUUAAAAUUUAGCGGAAAAAUUGGUGUAGGGGGAAUGACACUAGUUAUUGUAAAAAGUUACAAUAACCAUCUUUGGUAAUUGGAAAAGGAAAGUAAUGUCUAGAUAGAAUGCUUAUUUAACAGCUUCAUCUUUUAUACAUUAAAAAAUUUCUGAAAAGCUAAUGGAGUAUCAAGUAUCAAGACAUUUGUCUCUCAGUUCUGACUGAGAAGCUUUUAAAAAAAACUGUCAUCUCAGUGAAUAAGAAGGUAGAAUAACAAAAGAGUAGCUCUAUAUACUGAAGAUUACUGCAAAAUAACUUGACAAGUGUUGACAUUUUAACAUAUAAAAUGAAUUCAAACAGUUAAUUACAAUUUGGUUAUGUUAAUACAAAUUUUAUACCACAGUUAAACUCUUCUUAGUGUUUUAGUGCUCAAAUUAGCUACUGGCAUAUAUACACUAGCACAUUGGGGGAGAUUAGAAAUUUUUUUUUUCUUGGGAUAAGUACCUUACAACUUCAUCAUACGGUGCUUUCUUCUACGCCUGUAAAAGUUUCACCUUCUGCCUUUCUGUGUGCCAUUAAUAUUCAUGUUCAAAAGUUAUAUUAAUAGGGUUAGAAA